AUGGCUGCGCAACGUCAGUCAACUGCACGACCUACGCAUAGCAAGACUACCGAGCCUUGCCAGAGCCCUAAGCCAAUCAAUCCUUCCCGGCAAAAUUCUAUCGUGGUACCAGUCACUGUUGACGAUCUCACCUUCCUCGACCCGGGUGACGAAGAGGCCAAGAGGGAGCUGAACCGCGAGGCUGAGCGGCGCACAUUGUUCCAAAAUGUGUCGAAUGGUGUACUUCAGAUACCCAAUGGUUAUCGCAAGGUUGAAGUGCUGAUAAUACGUUGGGAUGAGAGUGUCGACGAGUUCAAAGGCCACGAGCAAGAGAAAAUUGCCUAA